AUGGGUGCAAACCUACAGCAUCUCCCUCAGACCCUCAGUCUGCCGUUUAUAAAAGUUUACGGCUUUCGGGCAGAUGCUCGACACAUUCGCAAACACUUCAGCUCUGGAAUGAGUUCAUCGACUGCUCUGAUGCUUGUCAAACAGAAAGCUGAGGAUCUCUUCCAGUCGGCGUCAACUGAGGGGACGAGCGGUUAUCAGCGCGACUCCCGCCGCACCGCUUCCAGCUCCAGGAUCAGCUCCAGCGGAGAAGUGUUUGAUGUCACGCUCCGCAGGUUCUACAAGUUCCACUCCCUCUACCCCUCCCCAUCUCAAUCCUAUUUAGAACUGGUUCUCUUCAAACUCGUGCCACUCCCUAUAGGUUCUGAGGAAAGCUCCUUUCUUGUUAGAAGUGUCCCGUUUCAGUAUUGUGUGGCUAUAUGUGUGCAUGCAACUAAUCUCAUGUCAUCCUACAGUGAUCUACUGACCGAGGAGCUUAAGUGCUCUAUAUGUCUCGAAGUUUUUACCGAUCCAGUCAGCACUUCAUGUGGGCACAACUUCUGCAAGACAUGUCUAAAUAAAUGCUGGGACGACAGCCAGACCUGCAGAUGUCCAUAUUGUAAAGAAACAUUCAACCAAAGACCUGAUCUCAGGGUUAAUACAGCACUCAGAGAGAUCGCUGAUCAUCAUAAAAAGACAUGUCCUGAGACGAAAACUGAAGGCCCGAGUGACGUCCGUGAGAAAGAGCUGAAAUGUAUGCAGCAGUAUGCAGUGGACGUGACUCUGGAUCCCGACACAGCUCAUCCCGAGCUCGUCCUGUCCGAAGACGGAAAACAAGUGAGGCACGGAGACGUUUGGCAGAAACUCCCAAACAGCUCAAACAGAUUCGAUAGAUAUUUAUUCGUCCUGGGAAAAAAGGGCUUCUCCACGGGGAGAUUUUAUUUUGAGGUGGAGGUGAAAGGAAAGACCAGCUGGGACGUAGGAGUGGCCCAAGGGUCCAUGAACAGGAAGGGAGAGAUCUUGCCGAGUCCUACGAAUAGAUGGUGGACUUUGAUUCUGAGGAAUGGGAGUAGAUAUAUUAACUGCGUCAAUCCUCCCGUCAGCAUCUCAGUGAGAGCGAAGCCUCAGAGGGUCGGUGUUUUUGUGGAUUAUAGUCAGGGUCUGGUCUCCUUUUAUGACGCGGAGUCAAGCUCUCACAUCUACUCAUACACUGAUCAGUGCUUCUUUGGGAAACUCUAUCCGUAUAUUAGCCCAUGCCUUAAUGAUAGAGGUAAAAAUUCAAUCCCGCUGAUCAUCACACCUGUCCAUUACAAUACAUGAAAUAGAGCAGAGUUUAGGUAGUUAUUUUAAAAUUCUGAAUUCAUAUCUCACGACAGUUUAUAUCUGUCGCAGCCUUGAGACUCAACUUUACGUUAUUUUUUUUUCCAGGAAUUUUUUUUCGCAAGGUUCGGGCUGGAAUAAUAAUCUUAAAUAAUGCAUAAGGAAUAACAAUCUUAAAAUACAUUAAUAGUGUCUCCUCUUGAUCGAAAGGUAUCACUAUUGCUCAAACACAUGGAAAUAUCCUCAAACCCUUCAAAAAAGCUUCGGUGACUGAGUCGUUUUGGCCCGGCGAGCAAAGUAUUACAGAAAGAUGAAAUGAACUUUGCUACAUAUGGAGCAGAAAAGAGAAUAAGAUUCAUGAUGCAGAACACAUACAGCUGUCAAAGCGGUGUCCGCAAAUCCCACAGCUAUUACAAAAUACAUAAACUGAACAAGAGCGCAAUGAAGAUUUCAGGUUUUCCCCUUAUCCAAAAGUUUUAUCUCAUAAAUUUGGCCAAAGAACCAUCAGAAGACCAGUAUUUGUGCACACAGCGAGACUAAUGCCAUACUGAGAUAAACAUGAUUGAAGGUGAAACCAAACCCCCUCAGAUUCAUCCAAGGUCGUGCUUGAGAAAUUUAUAAAACAGAAAGUGAGAGGUAGAGUCGAAUUCCCACCUGUGUUGAAAAGAGAUCCUCUAUAAACAAACAGACACUGCUUAUCCAAUCGUGAGAGUGCGUCUCCUGGACUGAUUGAGCUCAGAAAAAUAACUGGAUGCUUUACAGGAGCUUCUGCAACAAAGGAAUGAGGUUUAUGAAAACUGCGUAGUUUUAAUUGUUAUAGAUGAACAUAAAAGCAGGAACUACAAAUUUGUUUGCUAGCAACAUAAAUCGCAAGCAUUUCGGCAUGCUCUAGUUGAUUGCUAGUAACUAAAUAUUCAGAGGGAUAAAUUAAAUUUUAUAAUGUGAAUAUAAUUUAGAAACGAACCACAAUGAGCACUGAGAAUUAAAGAAUUAAAAUGCUCGGAUGCAUGCAUGCAUACGUAAAAUAAUAAGAAAUUGCAUGCAAGCAUUCAUAAAUAAAUGCAACAAUGCAUAGGCUAUAUAAAUAAAUGCAUAAAAGCAAAAUAAAUGAAUAAAUAUGGACGACUAGGCUGCUUAAUAGACUAUGCAUAAAUCCAUGCAUGUGUGUUUGCAAAAAAAAAAAAAAAAAAAAAAAAAAUAGCUAGCUGCUUAGUACAUUGAAUCGGAGUCUUUGUGCUUUGUGAAAUAUAUUUAAAUAUUUCUUUCUUUAGUUUUUGUGGUGUGAAAUAUUCCCUGGACACGUUUUCCUGAGAUUCACUAUCAAACGUUAUGGGCUUAUGCAAUCUUGAGGACAUUCUGGUUAUAAAUUCCUCCCGAAGGUCUCAACCUGUCUGGGCAAGAGGCAUCAGUACAGCUCAUGGAUGCACUUUUACAUGUGAAGUCUGACAACAAAGCCACAGAGGAAGCACAAAUGGGAAUAGGAAGGAAGCAAGAGAUUAAUGCUUAUUCCAUUUUAAAGCAGACCACCUUUUCUUUGGCCGCUCUGCCUGAGAAUGCUCGACGUCCGUAAACUCCAAAAACAAUCUGCUAUUGUAGUUGAAGUCAAAUCUGUUGCCCAGCAAUCGCAGAGCGCCGUCCGAAGGAUUAGGGGCAAAAGCAGAAGACUCCACCUCUGACCCAGCUGAACCUCUGGAUCCUGAAUCUGGGCUCAAGUCCUGGACUAAUCAACAGCCAUAAGCUCUGAUCCAAUGCGCAGACCCAGCCAGCAGCGCUCUGCAGAACCGGCCAGCAUGGACUUAUGGAAAUAAUGACACCACACUGAGCCCCGGGUGCCAGAAUGAAAAAUCUCUGUUUUUUAACGAUUUCUCGCUCUCUUUCUCGCCUUGUGCCAUUCUCUGAUUACACAGAGCUGCGGCUGUGACGCCAGUAAACGCUAGAAAAACACAACUGCGAGAGCAUUGGGCCAUAAAUACAUUUUUCGUUUUAAUAUUUACGAUUUAUUAUUAUGAUAAAAAAGUUCAAUUGCACCUAAAAUAGACAACUUUCGAAAUAUAAAGUGCGUAAAAUCUACAGAAAAUAGAAUAUAUAUAAUGCAAUGUCACCGUAAAUGAAUAAAGAAUAUAAAAAGUAAAAAAUAAAAUAUAUAACAACAAUUACUUCGUCUUUCAAAUAACACUGAAGGCAUAAUAAAACUGACAAGAUGGUAUAAACAGAAGUUUUUAAUCGUAAUAAAGUGUUUGGAUAUGUAUUUAAGCUCAAAUUAGUUAUGGGGAAAAUCAAUUUUGAUUCAGAAAACUGUUAUUUUUGGCACAGCAUACAAGAAUAGUGACUGUACUUUUUUGGACACGUACAAUAAUGUUUUGAAAAGAAAUAUCACGGGUUAUUAGGUUUUCCCCUCACAAUUAUAAUGCUAAUUUACUGCAAGUCACAGCGAAACCCAAAGAGACUGCCAAGGUUAAUGUAUUCAGAUUAUAAGCGUAUGAAUUAUAAACUUUGCGUGACCGUGUUGAAACAAUGUAGCACUUCAUUUAGCAACAAUAUCUAACUGUCCAUUAAAUGACAAAAUUAUAAUAAAUAAAUGACGCCAUGGUUUUCCCA